UUUUGUAGGAAAAAAAAAAAAGCAUUGGAGAAUAGAGCAAGUAACAAAAAUAAAUAAAUAAAGUUAGUAAAACAGUCGGGAAAGUACCUGCAGUUGCCACAAGGCACAGCAAACAAGGCCAUCUUCUACCUUUCUUUUCUUUUUCUUGAAUUACUCAAUUCCUAUAUUUAUUUUUAAAAUUUGGAAUUAGGGUUUUUGUCUCCAAAAUUCAAUGAGACCAAUACGUCUUCCGGAACCUCCCAACCCCACCAUGGGGGUGCCGGAGAUCUUCGAAGGCGGCGCCUACAGCGUAAUCAGACGCGCCGUCGUCAUCGGAAAUGGCUCGCCUGGAUCUGAGAACCAGAGCAUCGGAUUGAUCAGAACUCUCGGGUUAUCGGACAAGCAUGUUCUAUAUCGAGUUACACGGCCAAGAGGAGGACUUAAUGAGUGGCUUCAUUGGCUCCCUGUUAGUCUUCACAAAAAGUUGGAUUAUCUCAUACGGCUGAUUCGAAUUUACUGCCGAAGAGAGAAACUUGUGCCUUCACCUUUAGAAAAUGGUGGUAAUGGUAGUGUUGGCUUGGCAUCUGUUUUAGAAGCUGAUGUUAAGCAGAUCGUAACGAUGGCACGCCAGACUUAUGAAAAGGAUGGUCCUUUGUUGGUUGUUGCGUCUGGAAGAGACACCAUUUCUAUUGCAAGUUCUAUAAGACGUUUAGCCUCUGAGAAUGUUUUUGUCAUUCAGAUAAAACACCCUAGGUCAAAAUUGAAUAGGUUUGAUUUGGUGAUCACCCCUCGUCAUGACUUCUAUCCUUUAACUCCUCAAGCACAAGAGCAGGUUCCUCGGUUUCUUCACAGGUGGAUCACUCCACGUGAACCUCCUGACAGGCAUGUGGUACUUACAAUGGGAGCUCUACAUCAAAUUGAAUCUGCCGCACUCCGCAGUGCAGCUGCUGCAUGGCAUGAUGAAUUUGCACCUCUGCCAAAGCCCUUCCUGGUGGUUAACAUUGGCUGGCCUACGAGCCACUGUCGAUAUGGUGCAGAUCUUGCAAAGCAGCUAACUGCUUCUCUUCUCAGCAUCCUUACAAGCUGUGGGACUGUCCGAAUAUCUUUCUCCAGUAGGACACCUGAAAAGGUAUCAAAAGUCAUUGUCAAAGAACUUGCAGAUAAUCCAAAAGUUUACAUCUGGGAUGGUCAAGAGCCAAAUCCAUGCAUGGGGCAUUUAGCUUGGGCGGAUGCUUUUGUCAUUACAGCAGAUUCAGUCAGUCUGAUAAGUGAGGCUUGUAGUACUGGGAAACCUGUCUAUGUUAUGGGAGUUGAGCGUUGUAAAUGGAAAUUAUCAGACUUCCAUAAAUCUUUGAGGGAACGAGGAGUGGUUCGGCCUUUUACGGGUUCUGAAGAUAUUGCAGAAAGCUGGAGCUAUCCUCCCCUCAAUGACACAGCAGAAGCAGCAAAUCGGGUGCGUGAAGCACUUUCUGAGCGUGGGUGGAGGGUUCGACCAUAAUGAAGGUGUUGAUAAUUCUUGUUGUAAACACGUUGAUUUUCAUCUUGUUUGAAAGUUGAAGCCUUCAAAAUUGGGUUUGUUGAAUAGCAUAUAGGAACACCAGCUUCAAAUUCAUUCUUUCCUCAUCAGGGAUUUUCAAACAUGAUACAUGUAGAAUAAAGCCUUAAAUAUUUAGAGAGGCUUGUAAAGUAUGAAGAGGGGUGCAGUCAUAUUUUUUUUGCAGCGGUACUUAAAGCCCUCUUGAGAGGCUAUAUGGUAAAGUUUUGUCUCAAAUAUAUAUUUCUUUUUGUAAAUUAAACUGAUUUAUUGCUUUUAUUUACACACCUGAAAAACAGAUCUGAUGAAAUGAAAUUUGACCACACGUCAUGCCAA